AUGCAGUCAUCCAAUGGACGGGGAACUGAGUCAUCGAUCAGUUCAGAUUUUGUUUUGGAUAAACCUCGGUCUGUUCCAUCACCGAGACAAAUUCAUCCCCUGUACGGUGAAAAGGCAGGUCUUUUGGGGUAUUAUGACACCGUUGGUAAUACAGAAAAUUUUCCACCAGCCCCUAAUAUCGUUGUUGAGGGUGGUAGAAUCGAGUUUGUACGGCCUUCACAGGAGGGCACUACCAACAGAAAAAAUGCUGUAUCUCGGGGUUCACAAACCUGUAUUGAGCAACCAGAAAAAUCUGAUCCUGCUAAGGAGAGUCUAGAGGAAAGAGUAAAAGAAUUGGAAAAAAUUUUAGAAAAUGAGCGAGCAGCAGCCCAGCGUGAUCGUGCAACUAUUACUAAACUACAAUUGAAGAGAGAGGCGACACAACGAGAUGUGGAACGGGAACGUCGCCUUAGAUUGGAAGCCGAAUCUCGGGCACGAGAAGCUAUGGCUGAAACCGAACGCACUCGAGCGAAAGUUCAUCAUCUUCAACGCGAAUUUUCAAGGAUCGAAGAGUCAUCUAGAGGAUUACUUCAACAAAAGCAAAAGGUAGAACAGUUAAAACAAGAAAAAACAGCGCUUACAAUUUCAUAUGAGACGCGCGUACAUCAAUGUCAAACUCAGAUAUCAAAGCUUCAAUUAGAAAAUGAAUCAAUGCGAGGACAACUGAGGGGCUUGGAAGCUGCUUGUGCUGGAGAAGUCCACGCUACUCUUGUUGCUAGACUGGCAACUUUGGAGACUGAACACGUAGCUCUUGCUAGAGACGCUGAUGCUCAAAGAAGACAAUAUGAAAGGUGUCUCGAUGAUGUUGCUAAUCAAGUAGUUCGGGCAUUGCUCUCUCAAAAGGGUUUGAAAGAAGAAAUAGGAACAUUAAAAAGACGUAUACGUGAAUUAGAAACCCAAAAUCGAGCGCUUUCUGGAUUAAUAGCUCAUACGACCACAACGAAAACAAAAUCAUCGACUCCAUCUAAUGGAAUAGGAAAUACAGCAAGUAGUAAAUCAUCAUCUGAAUUUAUCAGAGGUAUAAUCGAAGCAGGGCCUAAUGGAUUAGUUGCUGCUCUAGGAUUUGACAGUGGUGGUGGAUCCUGGAUUCCUUUACCAAGACCAAGAUCGCUUAAUCUUAAAAUACCAACUGUUAUGGCUGCUGCUGGUAAAUAUCGACGCAAUCGAUCUAUAGGUCAAAAACAAGUUUCUGAAGAAGAGUGUAGUUCAAGUCCUGAAAGUGUAAACAGAGACGAAGGAUAUUCGACAAUGUCAUCAGACGUUCAGGGUGAUGGAGCUCGAGGCCAAGAGCCAACACGAGGAUUAGAAGAUCUUAAAGAAGCAACUGACGAGACUGAAGGUGAUUUAUCGACGGAUGUGCGGCUUGUUGCUUUAGAUAUUGCUGGUGAUCCGGACCCCAUUCUUUUUCUUCCUCUUAAUCUAACUGUUGGAAUAAAUCAAAGACACAGUUAUCCUCCCUCUAAACAAUUACUUCCUUAUCAACAUGUUAUGAGAAGCUUUUCCGACAGUCAUCUUUAUCUUAAAUUGACCUCUACAAUUUCUUCUACUUCUAAUUCACCUUGCUGCAAUAUUCAAACUCCUGUUGAGUCAUCCUCGUUGUUUGUUGUUGAAGAAGACGGAUGGGAUACCGAUUACGUUCAACAAUGGCUCAGGUUAGAUGAUACGAGAAGUGCUCAACAGAACCGUGAUCUCUUUGAAUUAGAGUAUGACAGAGCUGAGUUAGAAGAUUGGAGUUUUUCAUUGUCAACCGAGGAUUUAACAAGUGAGUCAUCAUCAUCACUAAUUUGGAAAGAAGAAAAUCGUAAUCCUAUUAUAUCAUCAACACUUGCAGCUAUCAAAGAACACAAUCCGAUUGAAUUGGAAGAGGACGCCAAUGAAUUUUUAUGGAAUGGAGCUAGUUAUUUGGCUGACCGAACUGGUGGAGAAUUGGUUGCACUUUUGAUGGAUGCAAGAGCAACAGGUCCUUGGCCUUAUGCUUCUAGCCCCGGAGGGGCAUCUUGGAGUAGUGCCGAAGAAGGUAUUCCUGAAAGCUCCAGUAAGAGAUCCUCGGCUGCGUUAUCUGGUUGUGGGAGCGAUGAUCCUGAUUCCCCCUCUAUCGGAACAGACUUUACUCGUGAUUUUUAUCGGCUAGUCAAAUUUGAAAGUACCAAAAGCCUUGCCAGUACGUCUUCCAAAAGUGGCAAACCCUUUCUGCCAGAUCGAGAUCAAGCGCUACACAGUGUCUUAUCUUUUAUUGCAGAGCAACAAAUGUACCUCACUGAAAUGCCAAAUAAUUCUGAUAACAAAAAAUUUGAUCAACCUCAAAUUCAAGUUCUAGACUAUGAUUGUAAUGACAAAAAUAAUUCAACUGUAACAACAACAACAACAACAACAACAACAACAUCAUCAUCAUCAUCAUCAACAACGGUGUUGAACGAACAGCAAGAGUCAUUUGAAAAAAAUCAAAGUUACUGCUGUUGCAUUGAAUCUUCAGAUAAAUUACUUGCCAAUGAUUAUAGUUGUUGUAGUAGUAAUAGUAUUAAUAGUUGUAGUUUAUUAGAGCCCUGUGAUGAAAUUAAAAUUGUCAAAAAUCUAAAACAAGAUAGAAUAGUAAAUGAAAAUUCGAAUACUGGCAGUAGCGAAAUCAACGACACUGGAUUUAAUUCUUCAAAUUUAACUAUUUUCACCACCGUUUGUACAACAAUUCCAACAACAACAACAACAACAACAACAACAACACUGCUAGGUGCAGGCGAGGACAAUCAAAUAAACACUCAGGAUUCGUCAUCCAAUAAAGUUAAAUUAGAAAAACUCGAUCUAGCCUGCUGCUGUCCCACUGGAUGGGUUCACGUUGAACGAGACAUUGACUUUACCGACCCAAAGGCUAGAGCGAAUCUUUUGGACGUGAUGUUGGCAAGCAGUGAAAGCUCUUCAGCAACAUCUAGUAGUGCAGGAUCUGCUGCAGGUAGUGAUUCUGGCGAUGAGCCUCCUCCUGAUUAUCGCUAUCUUCAUCGUCUGCAUCGUUACCGUCGACAAAAAAAAGAUGAUAGCGCCUACGCAGUGUGCUUUGAUUGUCACGAGAAAAGCUAUGGGGGAGAAUAUAGUUGUAAAAAAUCUUCGAGACGUGUUGACCCGCCGCUGCUUGUGGUGUUGUUUAAUUCAGCGUCAGCAGCUCAAGCUCAUCGUGUGUUGAGGAUAUCGUCUACCUGGAACACUUGUUCAAGACCCUCGAUUAUCGAACGUGGCCAAGAAUUUUUUGUCAGAUACGGAGAAAAGGAACGUCAAGCUGUUGCAUCUUUUGACUUUCUCGAUGAGAUUAAUUCUCAUGAAUCAUCAUCCUUGUCAUCAUCAGAGACAACAACAACAACAACAACAACAUCUAGCGAACUUGAGAACCUUCUUCCUACCACAAAUUACAUGCAAGUUUCGCCACUUUAA